ACGUUGAAACACCACAGAUCAACCCAAGAUCGAUAUCUAUUUUUCAACGAUGGGGUCCGAAGAAGAAGGCAAGCUUGGUGAAAAAGGGACAGCAGAAGACCUGGAUGUGUUUCAACAAGAACAAUCCGUGAAUCCUGGCGAUGACGGCGGCAUUGUCGCUCCUCGAGGACCGGACGAGGAUACCACUCCCGCUCUGAACAUGCAAGCCGAGAAAGAGGCUGCCAGUAUCAGUGUUGGUGCCGCCCUUGCUGCAGGGGAAAGUCCUUCAGAUUGUAGCCAACAUCAAGAACCCCAUGAUCUGGAAAUUGCCAACAAGACAAGCUAUCAUGUCGCUGAAAAACACUACCUCAGCCACCCACAGGAAUCACAGGACUUUGAAUUUGCCAAAGAAAAUGCCCUUGCUGACUACGUUUCUAAAGAACACGAACAAGUAAGUGGGAACUUGCCGAGACUAGGUCAUGUUACAGAGAACGUACCCAGCCUCGGGCAGGCGCCAGAGCCACCAACUCUCACCGUACAACGCAACAUAAACCGUCGUCCCACCACACCUGGAGCUGUGGCCAUUGGUGGCAAUGGUCAUAUUUCAAUGGAUAGCGUUGGUCCUCCACCUGAGAAUCAUCCCGACACUCUCAACACGAACAGUGGUACUAACCAGCCAGUGCCAGCAAUGUCCUUUGCUGGUCAAGGCAUGCCAUCAGCACAACUUGUGAAUACAGAUGAGGAGGCUAACAUUCAAAAUGCAGACCCGGUUCAAGAAGGUGAUCUCCGUCUUUCAAUGAUGAGUCCUGAGGAAAGUAAGACCAAUGGGAAAGAAGCAUUCAAAGUCAUCUUCUUGAUUGGCAUAGCUGGAUUCAUUGUUCUGGGUCUUGUCCUAGGACUCACAGGAGAGAAGGAUGCCGCCGAUGUCGUGCCAACAACCGCUCCAACAGUUGUGCCAUCAGCGGCCCCUACAUCUUUUGCAGCGACAUUGGGUCUCCCUGACUACACACAGGAAGCAAUCUUGAACGAUGAGAACUCCCCACAGGCAAGAGCCUUUUCUUGGCUCAUGGAGGAUCCCAAUUUUGAAACCUACCCUGACUGGAGAGUCCUCCAAAGGCUUGCUCUUGCAAGCUUCUACUAUUCAACUGGAGGGCCCAACUGGUCUAUCAAUGACAAUUGGCUGAAUCAUAGCCUGGAUGAAUGCAAGCACUGGUUCUUUCUGACUGAAACAGCUGGUGUGGACCCCAAAACCAGGGAUGAUAUAAUUAAUGUGACAUCCCCUUGUAACGCAUCAGGGCGAUAUCAGUAUCUACUAAUGGGCGGCAAAGGCUUGACUGGGUCAGUGCCACGUGAGAUUGGUAUGUUAUCUGAGCUGCUGAUCUUUGACUUUGAAAAGAAUUUCGGACUAGAAUAUAGCACAAUUCCUUCUGAGAUUGGACUGCUCACAAACCUGUUGAGAAUGUCUGCUGAUCGAAACUACCUUGCUGGGACUGUUCCCACAGAGAUAGGCUUGAUGACAAGUAUGGUUGAGUUGUAUCUGGGCUACAACCCUUUUCCGUCAACCAUCCCUACCGAAAUUGUUAACAUGCGUGAACUCAAGAAGAUCAAUCUAAACAGAGCAGGAUUUACCGGGGCAUUUCCUUCGGAGCUGUACACGCUCCCCAAAAUGGAAGUGUUUCUUGUUCAUGGUUUGCUUGGUAUCACUGAAGCUACUUUGGAGGGUGUGUGGCAAAUGACAGAUUUAGAAGGAUUCUAUGCCCACAACCUUCCUUUCCACAAUACUCCAAUCCCCUCAGAGCUGGGACUGGCCACCAAGCUCCAGAGAGUGAACCUAUGGGAUACUGGUCUGACGGGAACAGUCCCUUCAGAACUCGCUAAUCUGAGUGUAUUGAGGGGAAUUGACAUUGAUGACAACUAUUUAACCGGUCCCCUCCCUGUCUUUCUACUGGAGCUCACAACCCAUCAAAUGAUAUGGUGGGAAGGGAACUUCUUCACUGGUACCUUGCCAUCUCAUGUCUGGGAGCACCUCCCCAGCCUCGAAACAGUUUUCCUCGCCGGGAAUCUGCUCAGUGGGACGAUCCCCACAGAAGUUGGACUAGCUCAGAGUGUUGCAGAGUUGUACUUGUAUCACAACGCCUUCACAGGAACACUGCCGACUGAGAUGGGAAAUCUAACAACACUCAAGCACAUGUUCAUCCACAAUACAGAACUCUCAGGAACCAUUUCACCGGAGCUCAAUGAGUUGCCCAAUCUUGAUAUCAUUUCUCUCUCCAAUACCUUGCUGACUGGAUCUAUCCCAGAGCGCACCUGCAAUCGAUUGGCAGAAGUAUCUUGGGGUUGCAAGCCCAGGUUUCGAGUAGUCACACCAAUCUGCUAUGAUGUUGUGGAAGUGAUGGAUUUUAACUGUUCCAAGUCUUUGCUGUGUGGAUGCUUGUGCAAAGCAUGCCCAGACGACGAAGGGGCCACAACUGGUGGUUUUGUCUUCAACAUGACAUUUGAUCCCUAGCUAGGCAGCUAGAUAGUACUGCCGCCGGAGCGACCAUCAAGGGCAAACAGGAGAUUAAUAUUCUACAAAAUAUACAUAUUGCUCUUUGUGUAAC